AUGGGCAAAGUAGCAUGGCGAUCCAACACAUGCGUCACUUGUCGAAAGCGUAAAGUCAAAUCGCUAAUCCGGUUAAAGUGCGAUCAAGAACAUCCUGUAUGUAAAAAAUGCAAGGACUCCGGCUUGAAAUGCGAGGGAUACUAUGGUCAAGGUACCCGAGCCUACUUGCUACCGACUUCAUCUUCGACCGAAGUGCCAACUGAAGAUCCCCAUACUCAAACUCAGCCGAGAAAUAGGACAAGGAUACCCCGUGCUAGCACCUCUCCCAGCCUGAGUAUUCAGCGUCCGACAGAGAACAAAACAUAUGGGAUAGUAAACCUGUUCCUGGACAAUUAUAUACCCUCGAAUAGUCUUGAACGGAGUUGCGGGGAUCAGCAUACGAUAGCAACCUGGUAUAUUAACUUUCCGUCCUAUAUCGGCCUACAUCCUCUCCUGGACGAUGCCAUAUCAGCUCAUUGUUUGUUAUUCCUUGGUCGGAUAUAUGAGGAUCAGGAAUACUUCAAUGAACGAAGCUGGGAACUGGCUUAUAAUUUGUAUCAUCAAAAUGGGCCAAUCUGUUUACCAAGAGACAGAGAUACAGUAAUCGCAAUCCAUAUGGUUAUGGCUUCGUACGAGUUUUAUGAUUCCUCAAAAGAAUCCUCAACGGGCUUAGAGAGCAUGAUGGUGCAGGUUGAGUUUGGGGGAGAUGUACUUAGGAGAUUUCCUCCAACCACCAGCCACCCCAUCAACCGCCAGGUUUAUCUGCGAGUACGCUGUUAUAGUUUAUAUGUAGCCUGUCUCAGACGAAAGCCAAGUUUUCUCAACGACAAAAGGUGGAAAGAAGGCUGGCAGACAGGCGACAUUAUCGACGAGAUCUUUGAUAUAGCAUUUGAAAUCCCGACCAUUCUCGAAAUCUGCGGCCAAGUGGCUUCGGCUCUUAACAAAGCGUCGGCAGAGACACAAGGUGCAUUCCGGGGAGAUGCAUUCAGAUUACUUCGUACAUUAAUAGCGGAGCUAGUGAACCUUUUUAAUAAUACUCAUACGAGUCUGACAAACUGGUAUGCGAGACUACAGAAUAGCGAGCAUAGACCACUUUUUAGUGUAGAUGAUAUGCCGGCAAGUCGUACGGCGAGAAACCCAUUUUCUGGAAACCUGCUUUUCUCUUCUGCAAAGAUUUUCGAGGCUCAUCUCCAUUACUGGUUCUCGGGUCUAACCUUGUAUACUAUCAUGGCGCGGUUGAUCUACAGGAUAUCGAUUUUCACAUCUUCCUCCGCCACAAUAUACACGAGGGUAAAUUACUUGGAUGACAAGGAUUAUUAUAAUGCAGAAACGAAAAUCCACGAGCUCCUUUCACUCGAGCCCUUCGUCAAUGAGGUCGCUGCAAGUCUCGCCCAAAGAGCUUGCCAGGCGGUCACAUUCUGUUUGAGCCCUGAUCAGGGGAGCGUUGGGCGGCAUCUCAUGGUUCCUGUGCUGUGGAUGGUGCAGGAUUACUCUAACUUUCGCGGUCAGGAAGACUUGAAUGACUGGUGCGUGCAGAUGUUUGGGGAGCUGGCUAUGAAAGGAUGCGGGAUUGCGUCAUCGGCUAGGUCUGUUAGUUAUCGGGAUUUUGUUCAGAUGACUGAGAAGGAGGCAGGUUUGGGUUUUUGA